GCUCGACGCUGGAAAGGUCUGUUGUGUUUGCUCCGCAGCGGAAGGGGAGAGAAUGGUGCAGGCGCUGCCGCCUUGGAAACAGUAGGACCCGGCGUCCUGCCCCUAGCUGAGCUGCCUGGAUGUUGCUUUGGUCUUUGAGAGCCUAACUAAGCACCGCCUGUCACAUGGAGGAACUUGUUGUUUGGGACAGAGGAGCCUGAAGGACCUUAACUGAACGGUGGAGGGGGAAAACAUGGCUUAAAGGCGAGAGACAAAGGCUGAAUAAUAGCAGAGAGGCCUAUUUAAGACAAGAGAAAAGUAUUUAAAAGAGACCGAGGAUACAAUAUUAAGUUGAAAAGCCAAGGAAUUCAGCUACGCAAGCAAGAGGCCAGCCUGCUUUCCUAGAGGGAACAGGCAGCAUCGCACUGUCCAGCCCUUCAAAAUGGUAAGGCAAAGCUACCUCCUCACCUGCACAGGAGUUGUGCUUGCUGUCUGCCUGCAUCACAUCAUCAGAGCCAUCGAGGUCCCUCUGGAUCGAAAUAUUCAGGAAGCAUUGCCUCAGCCCCCCACAAUUAUAAAGCAGUCUGUGAAGGACUAUAUAGUAGACCCAAGGGAUAAUAUCUUCAUUGAAUGCGAAGCUAAAGGGAACCCCAUUCCCACCUUUUCCUGGACCCGGAAUGGGAAGUUCUUCAAUGUGGCGAAGGACCCGAAGGUGUCAAUGCAAUACCGGUCAGGGACGCUGAUGAUCGACAUCCACAGCAGGGGGAGGCCGGAGGACUAUGAGGGGGAAUACCAGUGCUUUGCCCGCAACGACUAUGGGACGGCGCUCUCGAAUAAAAUGCACCUGCAGGUUUCUAAGUCUCCCUUGUGGCCAAAGGAAAAAGUGGAUGUGAUCGAGGUGGAUGAAGGAGCUCCCCUUAGUCUGCAGUGCAACCCACCCCCUGGGCUGCCUCCUCCCGUCAUCUUCUGGAUGAGCAGCUCCAUGGAGCCCAUCCACCAAGACAAGCGCGUCUCCCAGGGCCAGAACGGUGACUUGUACUUCUCCAACGUUAUGUUGCAGGAUGCGCAGACCGACUACAGCUGUAACGCACGCUUCCACUUCACCCAUACCAUCCAGCAGAAAAACCCCUACUCCCUGAAGGUCAAAACCAAGCAUCCCCAUAAUGAAACGUCCUUUCGAAAUCACACUGACAUGUACAGUGCCCGAGGGGUCACAGAAACAACCCCCAGCUUCAUGUAUCCCUACGGGACCUCAAGUAGCCAGAUGGUACUCAGAGGCGUGGACCUCCUGCUGGAGUGCAUUGCUUCGGGAGUACCAGCACCAGACAUCAUGUGGUACAAGAAAGGAGGAUUGCUCCCAGCUGGCAAAAGCAAGUUUGAAAACUUUAACAAGGCCCUUCGCAUCUCCAACGUCUCCGAGGAAGACUCCGGGGAAUACUUCUGCUUAGCCUCCAACAAAGUGGGCCUCAUCCGCCACACGAUCUCGGUGAGAGUGAAGGCUGCCCCUUAUUGGUUGGAUGAACCACAGAACCUUAUUUUGGCCCCUGGAGAGGAUGGGAGACUGGUGUGUCGUGCAAACGGAAACCCCAAACCUACAAUCCAGUGGCUGAUGAAUGGAGAACCCAUAGAGAGUUCUUCUCCAAACCUAAGCCGCGAGGUGUCCGGAGACACCAUUGUGUUUCGAGACACGCAGAUUGGCAGUAGUGCCGUGUACCAAUGUAAUGCUUCCAACGAACACGGAUACCUUUUGGCCAAUGCCUUUGUCAGCGUGCUAGAUGUGCCUCCCCGGAUCCUUGCCCCGCGAAACCAGCUGAUCAAAGUGAUCCUGUACAACCGGACCCGCCUUGACUGCCCGUUCUUCGGCUCCCCCAUCCCCACGCUGCGCUGGUUUAAGAAUGGCCAGGGCAGUACUCUGGAUGGAGGCAACUACCAGGUGCAUGAAAACGGGACUCUGGAGAUGAACAUGGCACGGAAGGAGGAUCAGGGAAUCUACACCUGUGUGGCCACCAACAUUUUGGGUAAAGCCGAGAACCAGGUUCGUUUGGAGAUCAAAGACCCAACUAGGAUCGUGAGAGGGCCUGAAGAUCAGGUGGUGAAGAAGGGCUCCAUGGUUCGCUUAGACUGCCGGAUAAAGCACGACUCUACGCUGAAACUCACGGUCAACUGGUUGAAGGACAAUACCGGUCUGCAUAUUGGCAAGGGGAUGAAGAAGGAAGAUGAUGGUCUGACGAUACACGGCGUGGCUGAGAAGGAUCAAGGAGAUUAUACCUGCAUAGCCAGUACCGAACUGGACAAGGACUCUGCCAAAGCGCAUCUCACGGUGCUAGCUAUUCCAUCCGUUCCAACUAAUCGUAUGACAGCCUUACCCAAAGGACGACCCAACCCACCCCGCGACUUGGAGCUGACGGACCUGGCCGAAAGGAGCGUGCGGCUGACUUGGAUACCUGGCGAUGACAACAACAGCCCGAUCACAGACUACGUCGUUCAGUUUGAGGAAGACCGGUUCCAGGCUGGGACGUGGCACAACCACUCCAGUUACCCAGGGAGCGUGAACUCGGCCGUGCUGCGUCUCUCGCCGUACGUCAACUACCAGUUCCGAGUGAUUGCCGUGAACGACGUGGGGAGCAGCUUGCCCAGCCUCCCGUCCGAGCGGUACCAGACCAACGGGGCGCGUCCAGAAAUUAACCCAACAGGCAUUCAGGGAGUAGGGACUCAAAAAAACAACAUGGAAAUAACCUGGACACCACUGAAUGCAACCCAAACUUAUGGACCCAACCUCAGGUACAUUGUAAAAUGGAGAAGGAGGGACACGCGAGAAAGUUGGAGUAACGUGACUGUGAGAAACACGAGGUACGUCGUCUGGAACACGCCCAUCUACGUGCCCUACGACAUCAAGGUGCAAGCAGAGAACGACUUUGGGAGAGCACCAGAGCCCGAUGUCGUCAUCGGCUACUCAGGGGAAGAUUAUCCCAAGGCUGCCCCCACUGAUAUUAGGCUAAGAGUCCUGAACAGCACUGCAGUAAGUCUCCAGUGGACGAGAGUGUACCCGGAUACCAUCCAAGGACAACUUAAGGAAUACAGAGCCUAUUACUGGAGAGAAAGUAGUUUGCUGAAGAACCUGUGGGUCUCCAGAAAAAGGCAGCACACAAGUUUUCUUGGAGACCGACCACGGGGUACAGUGUCCCAGCUGUUUCCUUACAGCAACUACAAACUGGAGAUGGUUGUAGUCAAUGGGAGAGGAGAUGGGCCCCGGAGUGAAAUCAAGGAGUUCACAACACCUGAAGGAGUGCCCAGCAUCCCACGGUACUUAAGGAUCGGACAGCCUAACAUGGAAACCAUCACUUUGGAAUGGGACCACCCCGAGCAUCCCAAUGGCAUCCUCACUGGAUACAACCUUAGAUACCAAGCCUUUAAUGGAUCCAAAGUGGGCAAGACAAUGGGAGAGAACUUCUCCCCCAAUCAAACAAGGUUCACGCUCCAAAGGACAGACCCCAUCUCACGCUACAGAUUCUUCCUGCGUGCCAGGACCCAGGUGGGAGAUGGAGCAGUCCUGAUGAAGGAAUCGCCAGCCCUGCUGAACGAAGCCACUCCAACCCCAGCUGCAACCUGGUUGCCUCCAACUACAGUCGAUCUAACCAGCCCUACAACCACCACCACCCUCGCCACAACUACUACCACCACCACUGCAGCCACCACUACAACCACAGCUGCCACAACCACUACAGCCACCACCGUCGCCAGCACUACAACCACUACGGAGAGUGCUCAGCCAGCCACCACUAAGCAGGAGUUUGCCGCCAACGGAUCGUCCAUAUGGAACGUAACGGCUUCGGCUAACAGUAACUGGGCAAACAUCACGUGGAGCCACAAUUUUUCCGCAGGAACUCACUUUGUGGUCGAGUAUAUGGACCGUAACAAUACAGUGCGCUCUGUCGCUGUUAAAGCCCAGACCCCUUCCUCCGUGCAGCUGGCCGACCUGAUUCCUGGGAUGGAGUACAAGUUGUGGGUAUUUCCCAAAUUGUCUGGCCCCAAAGAAAACUCUUACAUAACCUUUACGACCAGCUCAGCUUAUACCAAGAACCACGCGGACAUUGCAACGCAGGGCUGGUUCAUUGGGCUGAUGUGUGCCAUUGCCCUUCUGGUUCUGAUUUUGUUGAUAGUGUGCUUUAUUAAGAGAAGCAGAGGCGGGAAAUAUCCAGUGCGGGAUAACAAAGAAGAGCAUCUAAAUCCUGAAGACAAGAACGUAGAGGAUGGGUCGUUUGACUACAGUGAUGAAGACAACAAGCCGCUGCCCAACAGCCAGACCUCCCUGGAUGGCACAAUAAAGCAGCAGGAGAGCGAUGAUAGCUUGGUGGACUAUGGAGAGGGGGGCGAAGGGCAGUUCAACGAGGACGGCUCCUUUAUCGGCCAAUACACAGUCAAGAAGGACAAAGAGGAGACAGAAGGCAAUGAGAGUUCAGAAGCCACGUCCCCAGUCAAUGCUAUCUACUCGCUGGCAUAGCGCGCUAUAGUGACACCACAAAUCACAAAGAUAUAUGCCGUGGAUGGGGGUCAAACCACUGCCACCAUCACCAGGAACCCAAAUAUAAAAUGACAAAAAAAACAAACCCAACCAGAUCCACCACAAGAAACAAAGCAAAGCAAACGAACCCAGGCCAGGCGGUCGCCGAUGCCAUUCUAUCCUUAGCAAACAAGCAAAGGGCGAGGACCCACGGGGUGCCAACGUGUGGUAGCCGUAGCUGAAACUGGAACGGAGCCAAAGGGGCUAGAGGAAGAGUAGGAUGCACAAAUUCUGCACCCCAGGUUUCAGACCGGGACUGGCAACCCCUGUCUAUUAGAUAACCCAGCACUCACUCUGACUAAUGAUUUAUCCUGUCCUGGUUUUGUUCCCCCUGCUUCCCCCUCCACUUUAUGGGUUCAAAUUCCCUUCCCCUUGGGGAAAGGCCCCAAAUUAAAAAAAAGAAAGGAGUGGGGGGGAGGAGAUGGGGGAAGAGAAUGGGGAUAAUAGCAUGAAACUGCAAAAAUCAAGGGGGGGUCCAUCAGCUCUGGGGAGUAGUGAUAUGCUGCUUCAUCGAUGGGGAGUUCUCUGGGACUGUGCUUGAGAUGGACAUCUUUACAGCCAGCACCUCGCUCAUGACCCUUAGCAAACAUGCCCGCACCGCCGUGCUCCUUCCUGAAAGAUGGAGCAGCAUCACACUGGAGCCCCACAGGAAGGCGGUUUCCAGGGCUUGCCGCUGGAACAGUCAGAAUUGUGUUGCUGUACCUCUUAUUACUGCUACCCUUCCACGUUGGUUCGGUCACCGCAGUACUACCGCCCUGCGCGCACAGACCGCGGGCGAGAUUAUUCUGCAUCCAUGCUACUUAGCAAAGCUUUUGAAGGAAGGGAAGUUGGGGAAGAAACGGUAUGGGACUUGACGAAGGGCAGAAAGAUGCAGCUUUAUUUUCUGACUCCAAGUGAGCGCUCCCUCGCAGAGAGAGCAGAACCGUUUUUCUGGAUAAUGACGGGGAACUGGGUUUCUUUUAUUCUUUGAGGGGCAAAAAACAAACCCAUAGCUUCUGCCCCCAAGCCCACCUAAAUCAUUAUGUAGCAAAGAGGAAGGGGAGGUUGGACCAGCAUUAACACAGGACAAGGGACCAGGGAUUGGUUUCCUACCUAUAACCCCGAUGCGAUAGCAUCUCAGCGGUGAGCACUAACCUGCACUGAAGCUGCAGCUCAGCUCCUUGAAAAGCUCCAGGACCCCCUGUCUGUUGGGGCGUGCAGUAUGAAAACAUGGCUGUAAAUGGCAGAAAUGCAGGGUAUGCAGCCUCUCCCCCAUUACACUGGUCAGUGGGGAGCAAUUCAGUGCAACAUGGCUUUCAGUUAACCCUCUCUCCUCUUAGUUCACUCCAGUGGCCUUCCACCCCCUCCUUGAUCAAUCAGCCGAUAGGAGACACUUCCAGGUGCGUCAGGCUGUAGUGUGGGGCUUUGCACCCAUUUUGUUCUUUACAUAUCAAGAACGCUCGUUAAAGCUAACCUGCUAAUACAACUGUAAUCCCUGUCUUGAACAGGAGAAGUUUGGCAUUACAGUGCUCCCACACAUGCCUUAUCCAGCUUCAAAACUCCCCCUGACGUUUAAUAAACUAAGAUGAUUCACCCACCGCUUAAGCCCCUGAUGCGAUGGUCUCCAGUCUGUCAGGCCCGUAGGAAUAGGAUGCCUGCACAGCUCUCCCAGCAGAGAAAGCAUGGAACAUAGUAGAAGGUAGCGUUUUAUAAUAGACAGUAAUUAGCGGCAAUGCCACAUGUAUUCUCCCCACUUCCUGCACUUUUGAAACCAAAGGUACCUUCACUGAGAGAGAUCGGAUUUCUUCAGACGGUUUCAUGGUUGUACAAAGUUAGGAUGGAUUUUUUGGUUUUGUUUUAAAAGACAUUUCUGUUCAGCCUAAUGGACUAAAUGCUAUAGGAUUAAUACAAUUGUUCUUUUAGCUUUCCAAGUGGUUGGCUACCAAGACAUCUUGCUAACAAGGAUGUUCCUACUAAGAAGGGAUUGUUUAGAUAUGCUUGCCACAUUUUCUUAAGCCGCUGUGAUCUUUAACAGCGUGGCUACUUUGCAUUUCACGGAAAGAAACCUAGAUUAGGUCAACAGCUGUGCAAUGGGCUUGGUCAAGUCAAGCAAGAGAAGCAGAAGGGAGAGUUUAGCUGCACCAGAAGAGUCAGAUGCACAGUUUAAAGUAAGUGUCACAGGUUGCUGUUAACAGACUGGCAAAGCUGCUCCCUGCUACCCAGGGUCCCUCGUGCUAGCGUUUAAGGAAACCCCCAAGGAAUUCACAUGCCAAAGGGGUUUGCCCACUUUUCUCUCUCUCGAGAGGGGAAAAUGGGAGACAUCUCUUUAUCGUUGUCAGUGUUCAUGUAUUAAAGCAAGAGACCUAAUUCUAAUGGAGUCACCUAGCGUUGUACCAUUGCAAGAGGGGCUUCUCAACAACCUUUUUCCAGGGGGGCAAAGCAAACACUUCCUAAAAAGUUCAGAGCACCACAGACCAAACGUUAAGUAAAGCUGAGUUUCUGAGGGCAUGCACGCUAUGCAUCCAGGACUUUAAAAGCAAUGAGUAUUCAUUCAUUUUCUGUCAAAUCAUUUCUAAAACCUUCUCCCCAACCAGCCAGGAAAGAGCCUAUGACCUUCAUCUCGACCACCAACUUGUACCGUUUGAGGUAAUGUGAUGUUCCCAUUGGCAAGAGGAAGUUCUUACCCUCUCCGUGGGUCAGCCACUACCAUCGGAUAGGACACGCUGAGCUAUCUCCAUGUUCCGCUUACAACUCCUGUGGAGUUACGAGGGUGUAGCUGAGAGCAGUUGGUCCUGCGAACGGUGCCCAUUUACUGUGCACUCGCACAAGCUGCACUGUGUCCCCGUGAAUCAUUUUAUUAGGCUGCCUACAUAACAGCUGUUUGCAAAUAGAAAGAGAUGAGGGUUUAUCAUGGUUUUUAACUGUUUCAGAGAUUACCCGCUGAAGCACCAGAAUCUGCCUGGAUGAAUAGGGUGUGAGAAGGCCAACUCAGAAAGACUGGACGGGUCAAAUUCCUUACUACCGAUGAUGGCUUGGUCAGUCAGGCAACAGUAAAUCGCAGAAGCCUUCCUUUGCAUUACUUGUUUCUUGAGCAAGCAUAAAAGGAAGGACAGGCUUAUAUAGGAUGCAGUGAUCCCAACUUAGCACCGGUGUAAUUCUGUCAAAGUCCGUGUUGUGCCAGGGAUAGAGCCGUGUCUAAAAAAGCGAGGCACAGGACACUCCUCCCUUAUGGACCAGUCCUGCAUAAACUAUUAAUGAAGAAAUUAAUAGGGUUGUACGGAAAGGUGAUCGGGUUCUAGGCAAGUUAUUCUAAACGUUGCAAAACAAAAGUUUAAAAACCCCAAUAUUUGUAUAGUCUUUUUAAGCACCCAGUUCAGUUUUCUAGAGAGGAGAUAAAUCUCUUACACCUCCAGGGAGGUUCAAAAGCUACACAGAAAUUAACAUUUUCUUUUCUGUAUCCUGGGUCUUUUUCAUAAGGAUUUAAGAGCAGUUUCUCUGUGCAGUCAGUUUGCCAUAAGGAGCUCCAUCACCGCUUGCACGGCCCUCCGACUAUGAAAGCCACCAAAACGCUGAAUUAAUAUAUGCAUGACUUGUAAGAGACCUUACUGUCAAAUUACCAUAAUGGCCCCAGAGUUAUUAACACCCAUAAUGCCUGCCUCGAAGUAUGCUUUUAGUUGGGCAAAUUAUUAGCUAUUAAUAAUCUUGACGGAGGUGUACUUUAGGAGACCUGCUGAUGGGAACAGUGAUCUGCCUAGGUGAAGAGGGAUUUGAGAAGGUUAGCUCAGAAAGACUGGAUGAGUCAACUUUCUCUCUCUCUGUCUCUCAUGGGGAUCCACCCGAGCAGCUGUGCUGUUCACCAGUACGCCUGCGGCAGUACGAGCCAAAGAUGCACCCCCUGCAUCACGUAUCUAACCGGCACAAGCCAUUAAACCCACCAAAGCCAGGCAUAUUUAAAAGGAACCUCCAUAUUACGGGCACCGUACUGGGGUAUUCCUCCAAGCACGCUCCUUCCUUGGCCUAAACAAUCUUAUGUAGUUAAAGGGAUGUUCCAGCCUACUCCGGUGCCCAGGAAACCUCAACACAUCCCAGAUGCAGGCAGUACUUCCAGCUGCCCUGUCAUGCAAGCUGGCACCUUCCUAGUUAGAAUUUUAAUUAGGGAAUACAGCAGAAACUAGAGAAAGGCCUGAACCAAAAUCCCAAAUCAAAAGGCUGCUAAACGCCUGGGAAAAGUCCUGGUCUGGUUCUAAAUUUAGCAAACUCGGGCCUAUAUUUAAAACAGGCUGAAGAAGAACUAUCCACACAAACUCGGAGGAAGCUCCAAGGCAGACUCCAUGCUGUUUAACAUGUGGCCUCAUGAGGGAAAGUUUUCAUUUUUUUCCCCCCUUUGGAAAUAAAGUGCAGCGAGAGAGAAAGAGAGAAGCUGGAGUCACAUCCACCAGAUAUUGAGGCUGCUUCUCGUUUUCCUUGCAGGCACUAAGGGUGUAGGAUCGAUUGAAUCAUGGAGUGGUAGCUAAUUCUCUUGAAAUCCUGCUUCCGGAAAUACUAAUGGUCUAAAUUGGCUGGAAAGUAGGUCUUUGCCUUCUCCCUCCCACACACACACCCCCCCUUCCCGCAUUUCCACCUUGCAAAAAUGACCUCAAGGUCAACUACUGUAGUAAGUUUCUGACCCCCCGAGAUCAAUCUGCCUAUUAUGACCUGUGUUUAAGGAGACUAGACAAGAUGCAGCCUCCUGCUGAAGAGAUUCUGGUUGGAGAGCUGGACAGGGUCAAUUAUUGAUCAUUAGGAUUUCGUCUCUUGUUACACGCUUUACCCGACAAGCGGCACUCGUUCGAUCCAUUGUGGCCUUUUCCCAUCCGAGCCAGCAGCUUUCCUGGGAAGAAUCCAUUGAAUUCAUUUUCCGGAGCGUAGGUCCCAGCAGAGCAGCGCUUCCCAUCUGUAACGUAACGUGCAUUGUUCUGGGCUUAAUUCUGUACUAGCAGCAACAGAUUUCAGUUAAGCAAUAAAAAUAUCUAUAUAUAUAGAGAUAUAUAUAAAAACCUUGUAAAGAUGAAGAACAUGUUUUGUUUCGUGCACUACAACCCACUUGAUUCAAAGGAAAUAAUAAUGCUUUCCUGAUCCUUAAAUAAAAUCAAUAUGAUCAGUGGCUUUUCCCUUUGCCCAGCAAUGCCUGUCUCUGUGUUCUUUUCAAGUGGGCAUCGUUCUUUGAAUGUGAUGUCAAUCGCAGCCUGAACCCCAGUGUCAACUCUGCAAAACAGAUCUAUUCCUUUGCACUAUAGAGUUUCAUACAUUUGUUUUCCCAGCUUAUGUCCGGAAGAAAAUAUGGACUUAUUUUGGUUCUGGGUUUUUUUAUUAUUAUUAUUAUUAUUAUUAUUUGUAAAUAUUUAAUCACCUCUAUGUAAAACCUCCUGGUCAUUCUAAUACAUUCUAUGUAUUUAUUUGCCUUUUAAAAAGAAAAAGGAAGGAAAGAAACAAGUUACUUUGUGUUGACCCACUUUCCCCAGCGAUAAACAUAUAUCUGAGGCUGUAAAAUAAUGGUUUACAGCAAGAUUUAUGGGCUACAGAGAAAUGUUUAGUAUAUGGACUUAUAAACUGACUGCAUGAGUGAUGAAAAAGGCCAAAAUAUUCAGAUAUCUUUUUUGUUUUUUUGAAUCACUGUUAAAAAACAAACAAAAAAACCUGAUUUUUUUGUAUAGAGAACACUAAACAUAUAAUAAAAACAUUGUUCAAAACUCA